CGCUUGAGGAAUCUAACAAAGAAUCUCAGAAUGACAAUGAGAUAGAAGUGAUGCACAGCUCCUUUCACCCGGAGAGUGAUGAAGGAGCUUUGGACAGCAGAAAAUUUCCUGGAAAUAGAGACAAAGAAAUGUUGAAAACACCUACAAUCAUGAAGCCAGCAAAAAGAAUGCAGAAACUUACUGCAGAAAUACCAGUAUCUCCACCUACAGAGGAUCGAAAUGUGGAGAGUUUUGAUGACGGAAGAAAUGAAGAUACAGCAUUCUUCUAUAGAUUGUUGUGAGAUGGAGCAUAACAUUUCAGAGACGGAACAAAUCAGUCACAAAAGCAAGGAACGUAGAUUGAAUCCUGCAAAUGACAGACAAAAACAGACUCGCGAUGAAGAGAAUGAGGAAUUGAGUUGUUCAGAUGAUAAUUCACUUUCACUGUUUAACACAAAUCUAUCACAAGGGAAUACCAUCCGGUCUUUAAGUCAGAGGAAAUUCUUCAAAGAAAGAUCAGGAUCUUCAAUAUAUGAGAGGCAUGACGUACAGAGUGCUUGUGUGUCUGCAUCAGGUGUUCAGAAGAAAAAGUCUUGUGAGUUAGAAUAUGGUAACAGUAAUAAUCGGGUAUAUUUGGCAAUGUCAUACUCUUCUACAGAUAGAAUAGAUAUACCACCAGGAAGAGAUGUUGCUGGGGAUCCAUAUGAUUUUGAGCAGGAAUGUGAGAGAUCUUCUACAAGAUCAAAAAGUUAUAGCAAGCAAAGACAUGAGGCCAAGUCAAAUGGUAAACAAGGAAAAUAUGGAGUUCGGGCACAACUCGGUAACAGUGAUACGUCAUCAUUAAAAAAGAAAAUGUUUGUUUGUAAAAAUAUCAUGGAUGAAUCAACAUUCAAAGAGAAUCCAAAGCCUGCUUCUAAAUUAGUUGAUAACAAUAUGUUUAUAGCCUCAAAGCAAAGUAAUGACAAAGGCAAAAAGAAAAACUCAUCAAAACACCAAGGAAAAUUUGUUGAUGGUAUGAAUGAUACUGAUGCUGGACGAGAUUCAGUUUAUUUAAAGGGUCGAGCACCUUCAUGUCUUCCAAAAAAAUCCUCUAACAAAAUACAAAAAAAUCUAAAGGAGCUUCACAAAAAAAAAAUGACUAGUAAAAAUGUCGAUAGAUUGAUGGCCAGAUUUUUAGGAAGGAAAAGCAAUGGGAGUACCUGUCAAGAUUCAAAUGAAAAUGAAGAGUAUAUUCAUGAUGAUGAACUUUGUCUUUCUAAAGGUGAUUCUUCUAGUCCAUUGAAAAUUCCACACUGUGAAAUCACUCUUGAUGAAGUUGUAGGUGUUCCAAGAAUUCUAGGAGAAAAUAAUCAACUCCCUUGCUUCAAACAUCAUAAGCAUCAAAGUAAUCAACAAAAGACAGCACGAUUGGAAGGUUUCAAGGUCAAUGCUGAUUGUAACACUCAAUUUGAAAGAAAACAGAAAAUGAAACCAAAAACUGAAGAAAGAAAGAGAAGAAAUUCCUUUCAGGGGCCUAACACAAGAAAGGGAACAUUUAUAGAAGAAAUUGAAACCGUUGACUCAGAAGUCUCAGAUGAUCAAUUAUGCAGAUCUGAUGAUGUUAACCUGGAUGAGAAGUUGCCACCUGAAAAUAGCAUUAUUACAAAAUUCAACCUGUUUUGUAAGAGUAUAGUUGGAGAGUCGGACGAGAAUGUACCUAUAGAGAAGUCAAGAAAAGAAACAAACAGAGCAUUGGAUAAUGCAAAUAGCAGAAAAGAGAAUCAAGCAUGCAGAAAAAAUGACUGUGGACUUAAUAGCACUAAUGAUCCCAGGACACCUAAGUUUGUCACUUAUGAUCCUGAAGAUCAAGUGGAGAUAUGUAGCAUCAAAACCCCAAUGACACUACCUUGCAGUGAUAUUGAAGGUAGCCAAGAGGAGAGUUUACAUUCAGAUGAUUUACAGAUUCAGCCUCUGCAGGAACGAAAAGAAAAAUGUAACAGAAGCAGAAGUAGCAUGUUAUUGCAGCAAACAAAGGGCAUGGACCUCUCAGGAUUGAUAUCAGGAUAUUCAACAGAAAUGAGACCUUCCAGAUCAUCAUUAAAGAGAAAAUAUGAGUGUAUGCUUGAAAGUGGCGAUGACGAUGAUGUGUUUAGAAACAAUCUCAGUGCUGGCUUGGAUCUGACAGACACAUUAGAAAUGUCCCACCUAAGACCCAGAAGACUGUUUAGUUCUGAUUUUAAAGCUGUUGCAGAAAUUGCUGGCUGUAGUGAUGAUGAAGACAAAGAAGAUUUGUAUGGUACAUCAAAACACAACACCUCAUCACAUUCAAGCAGUCAUAACACAACAUCAAAUGAGAUGUUUGGUAAUUCCAUGAGUCACCUUGAAGGUAUUGGUGUAGAUGAUGGUGUUUCUAUGAUUGUGAAAGCUUUUGGGAUGGAUUUCAAGAAGCAAAUGCAGACAAAACAACACUGUCUAGAUGUGUUAGCAAAAACAGCUCUGAAGUCAAGCCAGAAGCAUUUAAGAAACAUUUUAACAGACAGGACAGAGAGAAGGACAAACAUAAUGCAAAGGUUUGAGAAAAAAUUGCUGGCCGAGUUGGCUGCACUUGGAAAUGAUGUCAGAACUCUGGAAGAUUCUGAAGCAAAGACAUUGGACUUUUUCCAGCAGCAAAUGCAGACUAUUAAUAACUGCAGAAUUUCUCAAGAAAAAAGACUGGAAAACUUGAAAAAAAUGCAGAUGGACUUUAUGGCAAGCAUGUGUCAUAUGGACCAGUAUGAAUCUAACCAACAGAAAACAUUCAAAAAUUCCAUGGAGAAAGACUUGACAACCAUGGAAAAGAAACUGCUUGCAGAUGCACAAAGACAUGAACUGACAACUGUAAGGAGAAGCCUUCACUCAAUGAUUGGCUAGAAUGUGAAACACACUGUUAUACUUAUUACAGUACUGUAGUUGUUGAGUUACCUGAUUUCUCAGUCUACAUUUGUCAUAACCAUGAGUUAUUCACUCAGCAACUUAUAGAAAGUUGACACAUUUUCAAAAUGUACUAUUGAUUGUUGUCAAAAAUGUGACAUUGUUUUGAAGAUAUAUCAAAUAUAUGAGUUCUACGGAGACAAGGUUGUGAAAAAAUAAUGAUAUGAAGUGAGGGGCACAUGAUUUUAUCCAGUUAAAUGAUUAUAAUCAAUUUUCUUGGUGCUUUAUUGCUAUCAUUUUUGUAGCUAAAUGAUCUUUAUUUACUAUUGGUUGUUACAAUACCAGUUUGUACCAUAGUUGCUAAAUGAUCUUUAUUUACUAUUGGUUGUUACAAUACCAGUUUGUACCAUAGUUUAUGUUUCUAUAAAGAUGCAUUUUGUGAAUGUUUGAUGUAGCCAUUAUUGUAUAUUAGAUAAGUGUUGUUGUUUUUUUAUCAAUAAACAUUAUUAUUAUAUUCAUUAACGGAUUAAUAUACUGACAAAGUAUAUGUAUAGUUUUAAAAUUUCUUGGUCAUUAUAUCUUUGCCUGAAUUCAAUCUUUUUUAGUAAAUUGUGAUAUUCUAUAAUGUAGAGUAACUCUUUUUUGUUUGGCAAUAUUAAAUUGAAUAUUAAUUCCUAUAUUAAAGAGAGGGUCAACAUCAAAACAUGUUUAGUUUAGUAAUGAUAGGAUGUACUUAUAGUCCCCUACUAGUAGUCCUUUACUGGUGAAACCACAGGUUCUAUAGGUUUCCUCUCGAUCUGUUUCGUAUGUACCCAUAUAUGUAUGAUGUAGGUAUGUACGUAACACCAAAGUUUGUCUGCACUCUAGAAUAUAGCUUCAUUCUUUGAGGGAUUUUGAUCAAACUUCACACAAUAAUACAGGACCAUAAUGAUUUUGACGACAAGUUAGAAAUCACUGUUACUAUCUUUAGCAGGGGUUGGUAGGGAACAUGUAUUGCUUAAGCAAUACCCAUAUGCUUGUUCAAUUGAAAAUGGAUAAAUAAUGAUAAUUAAGUUAAUUGUAUGUGGAAUGAAUUCCUUGCAAAAAAAAGAUAAAUUGAUGUUGGUCUAUUCAAAUCGCCUUUUGUCUGUGGUCUGUGGAAUGUCUGUCUGUCGUUAAACACAAAUUUUAUAUGUAGAUUCCUCUGUGUCGUUAAUUGUGCAUGUUCAAUUUGAGAAUGAUCGGAAAAAAUAGUUGACAGAUGGCCACUUUAAAUGUUUAACAAUUGAAGUUUAUUUCUGCAAUUUCACAGAAAGUACAGUAUGGAUCUUUCUCAAAUUUGAUAUAUAAGUUCCACAUGGUUCUUUCUUGUGCAUAUUGAAAUUUGAGACUGAUCCGAAACCAAUGUGCAGAUAGGCAUCCAUUUUGAAUUUUGACAGGUUGGAAGUUUGUUGCCUAGUUUCUCAGAAAGUACUCAAUGGAUCUUUCUCAACUUUGUUUACCAUGGAGCUCUGCAUGAUUUAUUUGGAGAUUGAUUAAAAGAAAAAAACAAAAACCGCCAACAGGCAACCAUUUUUAAUUGGAAA